AUGAUGGAUAUCUAUAAUAAGGCCUUGAAAAAUCCGGAUCCACCAAGAAAACCGAGUAUCCCCACAAUAACAGGUACAUCGACGUCCGCUUUCAAAUCAAGAGGACUAAGUUCCUUGGAGGCUUCUUCCUCGUCAUCUUCAUAUCGCAACAACAUGAACACCCUACAUCAGCCACUAAUGAAUAUCCCACAGCAGCAACAGCCGCCGCCGCCGCCGCAACAGCAGUCACCAAGACUAAUAUCGCUGCUACAUCUGCCACCGUCGCAACAACCAGUAUUCCAUCAAGCAUACCGCCAUUUCAACCAACAGCAAUCAAUUCUACUUCCAAAUUACAUAGCAUCUGAUAUGCAUACUACUCUGCAGCCGCCACCACAACAGCAGCAACAACAACAACAAAUACUCACUGUAUAUUCAAAUACACCACCUAUGUCCUUCAAAGAAGAUUCCGAUUUAAAAGACAAUAUAGCACGUAGGAAGAAAAACUCAAGACGAAAGCAUAGAAACUCACAUUUGGGUUGUGGCACUUGUAAGAAAAGAAGAAUCAAAUGUGACGAAACGUUACCAUCGUGUCUAAACUGCCUCAAGGGUAAACUACAUUGCGCUUAUUUAAAUUUGGACAAUAACGCCAGAAGUGCUCUUAGAUUGGCUCAAUUUAAUCAAAAUAUGAGACAGGAGAAAUUGGAAGUUUUGGGAGAUAAUUCAAUGCUAGUUGGUGGAGAUGCAGGAGAACACUCACAGCAGCAGCAGCGACAACAACAACAACAACAGCGACAACAACAACAACAACAACAACAAAUGCAGCAAAUACAGCUAGAACAACAACAACAAUUCCAACCACCUCAAGGUUCCAUGAUUACUAUUACUGGACAUGGCCAGCAACUUAUGUCUUCAAUGAUGCCUACACCAAAUCAACAAGCAGCUCAACAAUUCCAAACACAACUACCACCAAAUGUACAGCUAGCUCCACAACCUCCGCCUCCACCUCCAGCAGUGGUCCAUUCUCCCUAUGGUCCGUUAGUACCAGUCCUAACAAGUACAGGAUCCGUAGUAUAUGCACCAACUUCGUCACUUGCUACAGGAACAUCUCAUCCACACCCACAACCACAACCACAACCACAACCGCAACCACAAGUGUUGGCCGUCCCACAAAAUGUCACUACUAUAAUAACUGCCGCACCAUCUUUAUCCAUACCACAACUGCAGUCAUCAACACUUCCACCUCCAUUCAAUUCCACCUCAACUCUUGCGCCUACAUUACCACAAGGACUCAAAUCAUCCGCAUCCUCAUCAUCAGCACAUAUUUCCGCAUCCUCCUCCUCCUCCUCCUCAGCAGCAGCAGCAGCAGUAGCAAAACCAGGACAGCUAUUGCCAAAAGUUCCCUCUGGAGGUCAAAAACAACCAUCAUUAACACCGUUGACAUCAUCAGCCGCAAGCGCAGCAACAAUAGCUUCUCAGAGCAUUAAUGUCAAACAGCCACCACAACCAGCAGUAACAACUACUUCCACGACUACAACCCAAACAGCCAUUACCAGCAUUGGCGCCGGCUCCACUAACAUUAAUACAGACUCUUCAGCAGGCGUUAAAUUACCGCCUAUUGUGCCAAUAAACAUACCACAAAUCACUGUAUCUACCACUCCCGAACUUCUGACAAAACUAUCACCGCCAAAAUCCAUUAUAGGGAGGUCUCCCUCCGUUGCAUCAACAUACAACGCUUCGGCUACAAAUCCUCGCUCAUCGAUUACCAAUUCUUCGACACCAGAAAAGUCUCCGCUUUUACCCAGUAUUGCACAAAUCACUCAAGGUACGAUAACUUGCACCGAUGAAGAAUCGCCGAGUAGUGGACCAAAUUGUAUACCUAAUGUGGGAUCAGUUAAUGAGUUCGGGUCUUUGAGCAUACAAGAUCACAACAACAACAACAACAACAACAACAACAACAAUAAUAAUAAUAAUAAUAAUAACAAUGCUAUUAAUAAGAAUGGAGUCAAUUUAGAUAUCCGAUUACCUGGGAUCAAUACGUUGAAGAAAGAGACCGAAGAAGAGAAAGUCUCAAUAUCUAAGUUAAUCACCUAG